UUAACAACAGCAACAGGCUUAGGGUCUAGUUAUCUCCUAUUCUGUAUGUAUUAGGGUGCUGUGUUACUUUGCUGUAUACUACACGUGUCCUCAUAUAUAUUUAUAUGUCUGCUUUGCAUAGUUUUACUUGUGCAUUUUUGUAUGUAUCUAUUUUACUUGUUUUAUGUACACAGUGUUGAGGAUACAGCCUUUCCUGGACGCUGUGACUGAUCUCCAUUAUACUGAAUUCUUCUCCCUCUGAUAAAAUGCCUGUGAAGAAAAAGAGAAAAUCCAACUCCUCUGAAGAAAUGAACCUAAAAAAAUGUAGAAUAACUAGUUAUUGCAGAUCACAAGCAACAAGUAAAAUUAUAAAUGGGGAAGACCUGUUUUCUAGCAAAAAGUGCCUGGCCUGGUUUUAUGAGUAUGCGGGUCCUGAUGAAAUUGUCGGGCCUGAAGCUAUGGAAAAAUUCUGUGAAGAUAUUGGUGUUGAACCAGAAAAUAUAAUUAUGUUGGUUCUAGCCUGGAAAUUAGAGGCAGAAAACAUGGGCUUUUUUACUAAGGAGGAAUGGCUUAAAGGAAUGACCUCUUUACAAUGUGACUGUACCGAGAAGCUGCAGAGUAAAUUUGAUUUCCUACGCGCUCAACUGAAUGAUAUCACAGCUUUUAAGAAUAUUUACAGAUACGCAUUUGAUUUUGCAAGGGACAAGGACCAGCGAAGUCUGGAUAUUGACACAGCAAAGUCCAUGUUAGCUCUCUUGUUAGGAAGGACGUGGCCCCUCUUCUCAGUGUUCUAUCAGUAUUUGGAGCAAUCAAAGUACAGAGUUAUGAACAAAGACCAGUGGUACAAUGUCUUAGAAUUCAGCAGGACUGUGCAUGCAGAUCUUAGCAAUUACGAUGAAGACGGUGCAUGGCCUGUUCUCCUCGAUGAAUUUGUUGAGUGGCAAAAAGUCCGUCAGUCAUUAUAGCAAGAUCUUUUAUGGGGAAAUCGCGACAAUGUCCUCCAGGUCAUUAAAAAAAGAGAAGUUUUUGAAGAAUGCUCUUCCAUCCUUGCCAAAGGCGCGUCUCCUUUGUUUUUCCUCCUCCCUUCCUUUUUCCUUUAUUUUUAAGGAACUGAUGUUUUUCUUGUUACACGCAAUAUCGCCCGUUACCGACAUCGGACUGAACGACGGAGUCACCCUUUGGAUAAAAACUGAUGCUGUUUACACACAAUUUGAAAGAAUACAAAGGAAUGGUUUAGAACUGUGGCUUAUUUAAUGAAGGUAUCAUUUAUUUUACGUGUUUAUGGAAAGAAAAAAAAUAUCAGUUUGUUUCAGUACUUUAAGCCAGUGCUUUUCCUGCUCUGUCAGUUGACCAGUUAAAAGUCUUUACUGUUUUUUUUUGGGGGGGGGGGGGGGUGUGGAACAAUCUGUCAUUAAUAAUAACCCAAUGACUUAAUGUCACGAAGGUUCUUAGCUGCUCAUGUAAUGUCAAGCAGGUGAUUGUGAAAGACCUUGCACCAAAUUUAGUAUCCAACUGCAACCAAUCGGAUGCCAGUGAAUUCAACCUGCAGAUUGGUUGCCAUGGACUACUAGACCUAGAUUUCAGCUGCAGUUGACACUGAAAUGAGAUUCCCCAUUGACACAUUUGACUUUGGUUUGCUUUUGUGGUGUUGAAAUAGUUCCAUCAUGUUCUUUGUGCAUGUACAAGGGGAUCAUAGCAAGUGGUACGGGGAAACUGCAUGCCGGGCACCUUGGUACCCUCCUGGCAGUGGCCGUGUGGGGGGGGGGCGUUCAGUUCCGUGCAUAGAACUUGUACAUUCGCUUUGGGCUUACAAAGAGAGAGAGAAAAAAAACGUGAUUUUUUGAUAACCAGCCUUUCUAGCUCUUUAUUUAUGAUGGCAUUUCCCUGGUCAGCACUUUAGAAAUCAUUUUUUUGAAUUGUUUUUAUUCACACUUUUUUUUUGGGAAACACCUUUUUUUCAGAUUUCACUUCAUUAUGUUGACUUCCAAUAAAAAAUAAAUAAAUAUAUAAAGAUAUUGUUUCCUUGCCCCCCCUAACCCCCAUCCAUAAUUGGGAAAGGCCAGCGACAAACCUUUUUUUUUGUUCAUUUUUUUAAAACUUGUUUCGGAGGAACGGGAGAACGAAACGCCUGCUUUGCUGCCAGAAGAGCCCUUUGCCACGUGAGACCUUCACAUAUUUAUGUACUUAAACAUUUAAACAAAAAAAAAAAAGCAUGUCUUUCAGCCUCCUGUGAAGUAGGAAAAGACAUAGAUCUUUCAUUUCAGCAGUAUUUCCUCCCGUAACCAGAAAAGGCUUCACAAACUCUAAACACCCUCUGCACUUUUUGUUUCCGAUACCAACAGGCAUUUGGUAUUAAAGCUGCGAGUAUAGAUGUGUUUACUACAUCUGAAUAAAGGAUUAAUUAUCUGUGUCUAGUAUUAUCAUGAUUCUUUUUGUCUGUGUGCGUGUGUAUUUUGUUUAUAAGAAACCGGCCUUCGCUCUAGUCAACCAGGUCUUCUCCAGCGGACAUCUUGUCUCCGCUCGUCGUAGCAAUGGAACUGCAGCCUUAUUGGAUGUCUCUUAGGGAUAAAUAUGCUCUUUUGUACUCUUGAUAUUGUGCUUGACCAAUAGAGAUGGAACCCUGAACCUUAUUGGGCAGAUUCAAUAUAUAUACGGCUACUAAUUGUUAUAUUUGGCAACAUGUUAUUGGUCACGAAAUAGAGAGCAUAAGAUAAAAACCAAGUGUGCUCGGAUUUAACGAUCCAAGAUGGUGGGAAAGGGGUGAAAUGCAAUUGUUACCUUUUAUUGUUAGCUGUUUAACUUUUCACCUAAUGUUUGUUUAAUAUCUGAAUCUUUGUUCAUAUGCCGCAUUAAAUAAAGGUUUCUUUUUUGGGGGGG